AAUAAGUUUGUUAUAAUUAUCUAUGUUUUUUUUUAUAUAUAAUUCGAAACAUGCUUCGUAGAAAUUAAAAAGAAAUAUUGACAUUAUUUGUUUAAAGAUAAACAAAUAUUGUUUAUUUUCAUAAUGCAUCUCCUCCAGAGCUAACAGACUAGUAUAUCAACGUAUUUUGAAACCCAACAUAUAUUUGUGCUCAAAUGAUAUACAUGAGACGAAAAAUGAGUAUGAAAAAGUAUUUGCUUUGGUUUGCAAAUGAACAUGUAGAAUUUAGAUUACCAGAAAUAGAGUCUCUUUUGUCUCUCUAUAACAUUCACUACAAGUGGCUUCAUCAGGAGGAUAAUCACCCGUUCUGGGUGCUGGAGCUGCCCUCGGAGAGCGUGGCGAGGCAGGUGGCCGGCCGGUCCGUGAGCCUGCACGGCUGUGUGGAGCUCUGGGCGCACGCCAGCACCGAGGAGGAGCUGCACGGGAAGCUGAGGGCACUGCCGGCCGAGCAGUUCCGCCAGCACUUCUGCCCGGGCAAGUCCUUCAGGAUCAAGGUCGACACGUUCUGCAACAAGCUCAGCCAGGCCCAGAAAAUCAACAAGAUCGAGAAUUUCAGUUAUCUGCCCAUUGAAGGUCACGUGAACCUCAAGGAUCCAGACAUAUGCCUGAACGUAAUAGAGUACUAUGGGCAGGACUCAAACAACAUACCAGAAAAGCCACUCGACUUGUACUUCGGCCGUUGGGUUGCAAGUGGCCAGAGAGACCUGCUUGCAAGACUGUCUCUGAAGACGAGGAAGUUCAUCGGCAACACGAGCAUGGACCCUCAGCUCUCUAUUCUAAUGGCCAACCAGGCCAGGAUUGUGGACGGUGAUUUGGUCCUGGACCCGUUUGUGGGAAGUGGUUCUCUGCUUGUUGCUGCUGCACAUUUUGGUGGCUAUGUUCUUGGGACUGACAUUGACUAUCUAAUGUUACAUGGCAGAACCCGGCCAAGCAGGAUACAAUCUAAAAAGCAUCGAGAGGAAGACGAGAGUGUCCGGGCCAACAUGGAGCAGUAUGGGAUGAUUGGUCGAUACUUGGAUGUUAUCGUGGCAGACUCUUCUCUUCCGAUCUGGCACGACUCCCUCACGCUAGACGCUAUCAUUACAGAUCCUCCGUACGGAAUCCGUGAAGCGACGGAGCGCUUAGGGUCGACUAAGAACUACACCAUCAGCGAACACCACUUGGAGACGCACAUCCCGUCCAAGGUGGAGUACGGUCUGCAGCACAUGUACACGGACCUCCUGCAGUUCGCCGUGCGCCACCUGAGAGAAGGCGGUCGGCUGGUGUGCUGGGUGCCUGUUGUCAGGGAAACUUACUGUGAGGAGAAGCUACCUUCGCAUCCGUGCCUGAAGCUUGUGUACAACUGCGAACAAGUGCUCACGUCGUACACCAGCCGACGCCUCAUCACCCUAGAGAAAACACACGAACCUGACGAGGUACAGCACUGCGUCGCUUCGGAGACGUCGGCGGGCGAGUUCCGGGCCAAGUUCUUCAGGUACGGCGAGGAGGUGAGGAAGCUGAGGAAGCUGAGGAAGGCCCUGGCCGCGAGGCAGGAACGGCCCCCUGCAAGCCCCGUGCCGCCCGGCUCCGACAGCCGCGCGACAGCUGCGGACGACAGCGAGAGAUGAGAGUCCGAGGACGCGUAGAUACCUACGUGUUUAGGAUUGGAUUUGUGCCUGACAGAACUGGGACUGGUUUCCCUUUUGAGACAUUCCAUAUCUAAGAUGUGCGACCACCAAUAAUUUUAACAUUUGCAGAUUCCAGCUCGUUGAACGUAAGUUUGAGGUUAUGUUUUUAGUUCAGAAUACUGUGGCAUCAGUUUGUUUUUAUGGUUAACACACGUGUUAUUUUAUCUUAUUGAGUGAGAAAAUAUAUUGUUUCCGGAUUGUAAGGAUGUCUCUUUUACAGAUGCAGCCUUAACCAUAGGACCCUUUUAUUUCAAGGCUGCACUCAGUGAGAAACUAAGACUUCAAAGGAUAUCAUUAUUAGGGACGAGAUUCCAUGGUGAAUUGCGAUAAAACCAAAAUCAACACUGAAAAGUACUGACAUGCAAGUUAUAUUAUGUAAUUAAGUAACAUUUAACCAAAUCUUAAUUCAAAUAAUAAAAAAAAAUUGUAAUGUUUAAAAUUCAAGGAUUGUCAACUCCAGACGGAAAGUUGUACUUAAGUGCAUGCUAAUUUAAUUUGUUUUAUUGUCCAUCUCUUAUUCAAUCACUUUUAAAUGACAAAUGCUUGCUAAUUUAUUUUUAUUGUUCUUUAAUGUAUCUGUUUUAGACCAAUUUAUUACAAAUUAUUUAAUUGUAAAAAUACAGCAUAUUAAUUGUACCACUAUUUUAAAGCCAGUUGUUUUCAUUUUCAAAUUUUUUGCACUAUACUUACAGGCAGUUGUCAAUGCAAUCAUUUGAAAAGUCAUACAUAAACAUAAAAAGGUAUAGGCAACAGUGUCUAGCUAAGCAACUGUCUAUAUCACAUUUUUACCAAUACGUAGUGCCACAAAUCCCCAAAGGCCACAAAAAGGCACAUAAGAAUGAGAGUGACUUUCACUAAAGGCUGCAUUGGCGAUUCUAUAAGAAUCCUUGCAAAUUCAGGUCAACAAAAAUGGCUGACAUCCUUAAAAGAUACACUUGCAAAGAUCCUUCAGGCUAAAGGUACCUUAUGUAACUAUUUGGAAACUGCAUUAGUCCGCACUGUGCAUCUUACCCUUAGUUAUAGUUAUAUACUAACUGCUGUCAUAUUAUCUGUUGCUUUGUGUCAUGAUUUCUAAUGUCUUUUGUCUUUCCAUUAACUACUUGACGUUAUGUACUAUGUAGUAAAUGGUCCCAAGAACUUACGAAUGAUCAUUUUGAUUUGUGCAUGAUUAGUUUCAAAUAUACAUUUGCUGGAGUCAAGUUUCAGUUUACACUUGAACUUAGAUGACGUAUAUAAUGUAGACUGUCUAAAUUUGACAUUUCACUAUACAAUUUUGCUAUCUCAAUGCUUUAAAUACAUCUCAAUAAAUGCUUUUAGCAAUUAACGUCAUGUAAUCAAGAUUAAAAACUGUUUUCAGUAAUUGUAGCUCAGGAAAUGUACAAUUUUUUUUUUUAAAGAAAAAAAGUGAUGGCAAGACAGUAUUCUCACAUGUUCAUAAUGCAACAGCUUUGCUUCUGCAUCUUAUUCCUGACAAUAAGUCGCCAUGUUAUUCACGCUUCUAUCUACCUAAUAUUUUUAAUUAACAGAAGGGUUUUUCAAAUACUAAAUGUGAAUUCUACAGCCUUUAUUUUAAUACAGUAGUACCAUUCUAAUUUAAACUUCGGUAUUUCAAAAUUUUUGCUUGCACUUAGAAUUUCUUGUUAAAUCAUUUUAAAAUUGUUUAUAGCAUUAGAUUUGUUUGGAUGAUUUCUGAUUUGGAGUAAAAUGCCCAGAUGUGUAUUAAAAAAUCCUGAAUUUCUACAGAGGAAAGAGACUGUUUGCAGCUGAGGACUUGUUUCGUGACAAAGAAAUCAACUCUCCUGUCAUAAAUGUGUCCAAACACUUCA